AUGUCUCGGCGUGCCUUGAAAGCUGUUGUUGUUUAUAAUCCCCACCCCCAUAUUGUAUUAUUCAGAGAGUUGGCUGGGUACAAAAAUGCAGCAGCAGAAGACAUUAGUGAUGAGGAUAACACAGUGUAUCUUCGGACCUUGGAUCCCAAAGACUGGAGAACAAACGACCAUUAUGCAGUUCUCAAUUUAAAAAAACAGCGAUAUCGGGCCUCUGAUGAGGACAUUCGGAAGCAAUAUAGGCAGCUAGUACUUCAGCAUCAUCCGGACAAACGCCGGGCACGGGCCUUUGAGAUUCUUGGAAACUCUUCGAAGCGUCAUGCCUAUGACAGCGUGGAUCCAUUCCUGCCAGACUACAAGCCCUCCUUAGAGGAAAUCAAGAAGGAUUUCUUUGGGACCCUUAAUAUUUUUUUCCUGGAAAAGGCAAGGUGGUCAAAGCACCAGCCGACGCCGUUCCUGGGUCACGGGCAAUCACCCCUUGAAGCCGUCUAUCGCUUUUAUGAUUUUUGGUGGGCUCUCGCGCUUUUUAUUUUUCUUUAUAUCGUUCGUACGCUGCAGAAUUUAGUCUCUCUUAUUAGGGAGGGAUACGAGACCACAAAGGACUUCUCUUUCUUGGAUGAAGAAGACAAAGAAAAAGGCGAAGACCGCGAAGCUCGCCGCUACAUUGAGCGUUGCAAUCGCGCAGAGCGUCAACGUCGACGUAAUGAAGAACACAGGAAAGUUCAUCAGAUAGUUGACUUGGCUCGAUCUCAUGAUCCUCGUCUCCUUGCCGCAGAGAAGGCCGCUCGGGAGGCCAAGGAGGCUCGCAAACGCGAACGCCUUGAGGCCAUUCAAAAGCGUCGAACCGAAGAGGAGGCUCGAGCGAAAGCUGAAUCCGCGGCGGCAGAAGCGGCUCGAGCUGCUGCUGCCGAACGCCAAAGGCAGGAAGCGGAGAUGCAGCGAAAAGAGAGGGAACAGAUCAAGGCUUUGUCAAAGAAAGAGAAGAAACGCCUAAGGAAUAAUUGUGUUAAUCGAUGGGCCCACUUUGUUGCUCCUGCUCGAGCCGAGAAUCCUUCAGUCGCUGAAGAUGCUGUAAAAUUGCAGACCUUGCAAGAUGUUGAUCUUCUCUGUCAUGUGCUUUCUGUUGUUGAGUUGGCAGAUUUCAAUACGAAACUUGAGAACACAGGUGAUGUCUACGAGUCUUUCAGUGUAUGGAAAGCAGAGGUUGCCAGAGCACGCAAGGAAUCCGAGGCUCCCGGUCUGCGGUCCAUCAAUGAGCCCAAACCCGCCCCUUCUGCUUCUAACAGCAGUGAGGCGAACUCAAGGUGGACCUUCGAGAUGAACCAACUCCUCAUAAAGGCUGUCAAUCUCUUCCCCGCUGGCACACAGAAACGAUGGGAGGUCAUUGCAGCCUACGUGAAUCAGCACGAGAAGGGCGUUGAGGUGACGGGAAAGGAGGCUCUCAAGCAGGCAAAUAACAUUCGUCAAGACUAUAGUGUUAUGAAGCAUGAGGCCAAUGAAAAGGCGUUCGACAGUUUUGCUAGCAACGCUAAGGUGUCAGACGCCACCAAGUCGGUCACAAUAACCAACCAGAUUGAAGCGGAAACGCAUCGUCCCUGGACUUGGGCCGAGCAACGGGCGCUGGAGAAGGCUCUGCGAGAGAAUCCCACCCGACCCGAUGAGCCAAGCACCGUGCGCUGGCAGCGCAUCGCCGACGAGGUGGGCACGCGGACCAGUCGCGAAUGCGCUCAACGCUACAAAGACCUCGUCGAACAGGCACAUCCGCAAGAAGAAAGCAGCGAUGGCGGCAGUCGGUGUUUCAAGCAAAAAGUGGUAGGAACGCCCCUGUAUCGUGCUCACCUCCAUUGA